ACCAAGAUGGCCGACGGACCGCAAGAGAUGUUGUGCAGCUCAGGAAUUUAUCGCCAGUCCUACUAUAACGGGACGCCUUUGCAGAGUCAUGGUGAGAAAGAGCAGUGAGCACCAUCAAAAAACCAAACAGCGCAGAGGAGAGAGGACGUCAGUGAAGCUGUAUAGUCAAAGUGAGACGAGACAGAGCGGCAGUUUGAUUCAGUCUUCAAUCAGAUCACCGAUGAUGGGAAUGCUGAGGACAUCAGUGGCCUUUCUUCUUUACAUGGCAGCCUCUCUGGCGGCCCCUGUGCCGUGUGAGGAGAAAGUGGUCCGUCUGGAAGCAGAGAUCCAGGGCCUGAAGAACGUGAUCGACGACCAGCGUCGCUACAUCAGGGGGCUCCACAACAGCCAAGCUCAGCAGCUGGAGCACAUACCCAACUCACACCUGGGCCCUGACAACCUCUACAGAGACUGCUCCGAGGUGUUUGCAGACGGUAACGUGGCCAGCGGGCUGUAUGUGAUUCGUCCAGACGGCUCUCCCACCGCGCUGAGCGUCUACUGUGACAUGAAUAAUGGAGGAGGAUGGACUGUCUUCCAAAGGAGGAGAGACGGCAAAGAGAGCUUUGACAGAGCGUGGGUGGAGUACAAACAUGGAUUUGGAGACCUCUUCUCCCCUGAUGGAGAAUUCUGGCUGGGCAAUGAACCUCUACACUUUAUCACCUCACAAGGAAACUACGACCUGCGGAUCGACAUGGAGGACUUUGAGGGUAAGCAGCGCUACGCAGAGUACAAGAACUUCAAAGUGGACAAUGAAAAGGAUCAGUACCAGUUACAUUUGGGAGAGUACAAUGGGAAUGCAGGGGACGCCCUAGCUGACGCCCAUGGCCUCCCCUCUACACAUCAGAAAUGGGCCGGUCCAGGUGGGAUCAAGUUCAGCACUUACGACCAGCUGAAUGACGGCGAUGCCGACAGCGAGGCCAAGUGCAUCAGACACAGCAAGUCAGGCUGGUGGUUCAGCAGGUGUGACUCAGGCAACUUGAACGGUCACUACUACAAAGGACCGUACCAAGCGAUGAUGGAUGACGGGGUGGUGUGGUACACAUGGCACGGUUGGUGGUACUCCAUCAAAUCCGUGGUCAUGAUGGUGCGAGCAUCUGAACUGGACCAUCCGCCGCCAGCCAUUGCGCCGUUAACGGGACCAUUUGACCCAAGCAACGCGCCAGGUGAUGUCAUUGAUGUUCCUUAUGGCCAAAAGGCCUGAGAGCAAGUGUGGAAGCAACAUGUGUCUCCUCACUGGAACUGAAAUCUUCUCCUAUUUUUUGCAUAUUUGACUUAAAUGAUAACUUUAAUGCUCUUUAUUUGAACGUAGACCUUAUUUUUACCAUGUUUUUGUGUCUAAGUGACUUUUUGAUACUGGUCCUGUAUUAAGAGAGGGUUGCAGCCAGCAGCAGGCAAACAGGCUGCAACGUGAUUCCUACAUGCAAUAAAGCACCAUCAAUUUACAUCCAAUUAAGUCCUGGAGUCUCCUUCAAGGAGAAGUCUCGUUCUGAAAUCUUUGAGUUUUCCAAAUUGUCAAAGUCAGUUACGUAUUCAGCUGUAAUGUUGAAAAUCUUUUAGAUAAGUGUAGGCUAUGCUUCUGUACUCCAAAACAAGAAACUCUCCCGACACUCCUUCUUUCCAACUCUCACUAGUUUUUCCAUUUUUAUUUUUUGUGCCACAAGUCCCCUCUUGCAAGAUUUUAGAACGAGACUUCUUCUCAAGUGAGACAGUAAAUACACAUUAACACACAGACCAGCGAAAGUUAAGGUAAAACAUUUCAUUUAUCUGUAGGGUCCUUUUCAUAAUGUUGUUCGACACUCAUAAUAACAGUCUGAACCUGCUGGUAGCAGAAUCAAAAACAUCCAAUUGCUGUAAAUUGACUGCACAGUUGCCUGUAGGGAUUACAUUGCAGUCUGUUUCUCCACUUCAGCUGCAGUGGUCUCACUCAGUACUGGACCAAUUAAAAAAAUUGUUGUCUCCAUUAUUCACUUAAGCCCUAUUCGUACAGGAUUAGUAUUACCUUGGGACUACAUGUGAUUUAGAAAUCACCCCACCACGUCUGUGUUUCAUCUGGCGCAUUCAUGGGGAAUGAGCAAAGUCUUUACUCAAAUUUACUGACAUUAUUCCCAAGGUAUGGUGCACAGUCAUUUGUAAUUUCACUACAAAGCACAACAAGUACUGAUGUACAGUGUUAAUAUCCUUUUUUCCUUAAACUGUGGGUUAAACCAAGAUUUCCCUCUUCUGAUAAAUUUGAGCUUGCUUUUCUGCGAAUGGUUCUCCACGCUGUGUAGCAAAUGAGACUCCAGCACCAAAAAUGCUGUCAAAACCUUAGUGUAUAAAUGCAAACACAGUUUCCAUAAGUCUCUGUAAGUCAUGGAGAAAACAGAAAACUUACAUAUGACCCAAAAUCCCCUAGAAUAUUAUAUUAUCACAUGGCCUCUGUGUAUGGUGAAUUAUGAUGGGUCAUUUUCAGUGUAAUUUUGACUUGACAAAUUAUGGACAUGGCUGAUUUGCAAAGAAUUAAGAUCACAGACGACCUCCAAAAUUACAACAACCUACCAGAGAACCACAGGUAAUACUGCAGGUAUGUUAAUAGGGCUUUAGACACAAUAACUUCGGGAAAUAA